UCCUCUGUUGCUCCUUUUCAGACGUUUACACGUGGUAGGGAAGCCUCCGUGUAGCGGUCGUCGUCGAUUUUGACGUUUUUCUCACGAAAUGGCGAAAACUCACAAGAGCAAGAGUUCACUGAACGAGGUGGUGACUCGUGAGUGUACCAUCAACCUGCACAAGCACACCUACAAAGUUGGUCUCAAGAAGAAAGCUCCCCGUGCGAUCAAGGUGAUCCGCCAGUUCGCCCAGAAAGCCAUGGGAACCACUGAUGUGAGGAUUGACACCCGUCUCAACCGACAUCUCUGGACCAGAGGAAUUCGUGCUCCUCCCUUCCGCAUUCGCGUUCGUCUGCAGAGGAGGCGAAACGAAGAUGACGACUCUCCCAACAAGUUGUACACCUUGGUGUCCGUCGUCAUGGUCGACACCUUCAAGGGUCUGCAGAACGUCACUGUUGAGUGAAUAAAUACUGACUCUUA